CCAACCUCUUGUGAUUGGAUGAUCCAGAUGAUUGAACAAAAAAAUCUAAAUGUUCGAGUCACCACCAUGGACGCUGAGCUGGAGUUUGCCAUCCUACCCAGCACCACCGGAAAGCAGCUCUUUGACCAGAUUGUGAAGACGAUCGGGCUGAGGGAGACCUGGUUCUUUGGCCUACAGUACCAGGACAGUAAAGGCUUCUCCACUUGGCUCAAACUCAACAAGAGGGUUACGGCCCAGGACGUAAGGAGAGAGAGCCCUCUUCUGAUCAAGUUCAGAGCCAAGUUCUACCCUGAGGACGUUGCAGAGGAGCUAAUCCAGGAGGCCACGCAGCGACUCUUCUUCCUUCAGGUGAAGGAGGGCAUCCUGAACGAUGACAUCUACUGUCCCCCCGAGACGGCAGUGCUGCUGGCCUCCUACGCCGUCCAGACCAAGCAUGGAGACUACCGGAAGGACUACCACGUCUCUGGAUACCUCACCCGAGACAAGCUGCUACCACAGAGAGUUCUGGAGCAGCACAAGCUGAACAAGGACGAAUGGGAGGAGAGGAUCCAGGUGUGGCACCAGGAGCACAAGGGAGUGCUGAGGGAGGACGCCAUGGUGGAGUACCUGAAGAUAGCUCAGGACCUGGAGAUGUAUGGGGUGAACUAUUUCAGCAUCAAGAACAAGAAAGGCUCAGAGCUGUGGCUGGGAGUGGACGCCCUGGGCCUCAACAUCUACGAGAAGACCGACAAGAUGACCCCCAAGAUUGGCUUCCCUUGGAGUGAGAUCCGGAACAUCUCCUUUAACGACAAGAAGUUUGUCAUUAAGCCCAUCGACAAGAAAGCCCCGGACUUUGUGUUCUACGCUCCUCGUCUGCGGAUCAACAAGCGCAUCCUGGCGCUGUGUAUGGGGAACCACGACCUGUACAUGAGGAGGAGGAAGCCCGACACUAUAGAGGUGCAGCAGAUGAAGGCCCAGGCCCGCGAGGAGAAGAACAAGAGACAGAUGGAGAGAGCCCUGCUGGACAGUGAAAAGAAAAAGCGGGAGAAUGCUGAGAAGGAGACGGAGAAGAUCGCCAUGGAGACCAUGGAGCUGAUGCAGAGACUGAGAGUGAUCGAGGAGCAGACCAAGAGAGCCCAGGACGAGCUGGAGGAGCAGACCCGCCGGGCCCUGGAGCUGGAGAGGGAGAGGACGUUUGCCCAGGAGGAGGCUGAGAGGCUGGAGAAGGACCGUCGGGCCGCAGAGGACGCCAAGGCUUCCCUCCUGCAGCAGUCAGAGAGCCAGGCCACUGAGCUGGCCGAGCUGACCUCUAAGAUCUCCCGCCUGGAAGAUGCCAAGAAGAAGAAGGAGGAUGAGGCAAAGAAAUGGCAGAAAAGGGCAGUCAUGGUGGAGGUAGAUCUGGAGCGGACCAAAGAGGAGCUGAAGACUAAAGUGAUCGGCGUCCACAUCCAGGACUCCCACGUGCACGAGCACGACGAGACGGACGAGAGCAGCGCCGAGGCCAGCGCCGAGCUGACCGCGCCGGGGACGCUGCGAGACCGCAGCGAGGAGGAGCGGGUGACGGAGGCCCAGAAGAACGAGAGGCUACAGAAGAGGCUGAAGGCCCUGAGCUCAGAGCUUUCCAGCACCCGGGACGAGAGCAAGAAGACGCCCAACGACCUGAUCCACGCCGAGAACGUGAAGGCAGGCCGCGACAAAUACAAGACCCUGCGCAAGAUCCGCCAAGGCAACACCAAACAGCGUAUCGACGAGUUUGAGUCCAUGUGAGAGGUACAGAAGGAGAGAGAGAGAGGAAGAGAGAGUGUGAGAGAGAGAGAGAGAGAGAGAGAGAGAGAGAGAGAGAGAGAGCUAUGUGUAGAGACCAACGUGUCAUUAGAUUGUGUUCUGUCUUUGUAAACUGAUGAGGCAGGCACAGUCUUAGUAAUGUCACAGGCUGAAUUAUAAUAUAACGACACUUGUAUAUUCUAUUCAAUUACACAUGUAUUUCCCACUAUGUCACAAGUGAAUAACUUACUGACCUACUGAUCUUAGUGAAGCAUUUAUAUGAAGUGGGAUUAGCGAGAGGCAACCUGGGCUUUGUUUGUGUCCUGAAAAUAGAUAUCCACUGACUAACAACAUGCCUUCACUGUAUACUGUAAUGAAUACUGUACAUCUUUGUUGUGUGCAAUGUCUCAUGAGCAAUCAAACCAUCAGUCCCUGGAAGUAAGUCAAGUCUUUGGUGUGGACUUGGAUUUGCAGUUUGUGUUUUUGAAAUCUAGAAAUUGACAAUGAUUGCAAAUAGCGUAGAACAUGUUAUUGUACCUUCAUUUAUUAGCAAGUCUGGAAAAAGAAGAGUCAUAGGAUUGCUAAUCACAUUAUUCUUGAUUGAGGCUUUGUUAAAAUAAUGUCCAAAAUGUAGGUACUGUAUAAUCCUUUAGUAUGUGCUGUUGCUUUGCUCAAGUUUAAAUAAAUUAAAUAUUAUUCACCAA